CUAUAUGAUCAUUAUUUUCUGUAUCUCUGACAUGAAGAACAUAGGCUUACACUGAUAGUGGUAAAUACGGAUAAAGUAUGUAGUAAAUUCCUUUGAAAUAAUCACAGCAGGUUAAUAACAUGGCAGACUGAAUUUAUUCCAACACUGCCACGAUCUUGAUGAUAAUAUUACCACAAAUACAAUGAUUGUUUCUAUUGGAUAUUGUCAUUGUAAAUAUUAAACAUUCACAAUGAUUUCCUAAUCGCAUACAUAACAACGUUACCCAAAUUAGACCCAUGACUCAUUAUAUCAGAAUACCCAUAAUAGUUAUUGUUAGACCACACUCUUCAGGCUAAUUUCUGAUAACCGACAGAUGUUUACCAUAUUCAGUGACAUUUAUCUACCCGAGUUUGGGUUAAUAGAAAGAAGACAUAUAGUUUUAUAAUUUGUAACUGACCAUGUUCUAUUUAUUUCCAAAGGUAACCAGGAACCAUUCGACUUCCUCAAGUGCUUCAUGGACAUUGAAUGAAGGUGCAGAGAGAAGAACGAUUUGCCUGUCUAGAGUACUGUCUUUAACCUGAAUCAUAGAAUUUUUGUGAUGCAGAAUACAAAAGUUUGGCUUCGGGUCCUGUGUGUGGUGUUCGGUGUGUGUGCGUUGCUCCAACUUCGCCGUGGAAACCUCCUGCGCUGUUCCCAACGAGGAGAAGGACGCAGAAGUUCGAGCUUUGGCGGGCUAGAGAGGGAGGACUUCAUGCCAGAUGACGUCGAAGAGCGCUUCCAGACGCGCCGGGAAAGGAUGCUCAAGACCUGCCAGGAGGGAGAGAACAAAGAAGACAUAGACACCGCAAUCAAAACACGUUGGCUCAGAAAAUUGGCGUACUCAUGCAAGAAUAAUCAACAAGGUAAAAGGACAGCCCAUGGAUGAGGACAAACGCAUUCUCUUGAUCGAAAAACCUUUGGAUGAGGUUGUCAACCACACCAAAUCUCUUUCCAAAUGGAUGUCUGUCAGGCAUCCUUUGACCCGCCUGGUGUCGUGCUGUCAAGACAAGUUUCGGAAUGGAUCGAACUCUUCAAAGUGGGAAAAUGAUGACCUGCAGACGUUCUUGUUCCCAGCACUUCUAAGCAACGGUUUAGUUUACAAGUCUCAAGAAUCCAGCACCUGGAGAGAGUUUCUCGCAAAGACUAAUACGUCGGUUCAGCUCCUCGAUCCCAAGGACGACCGACUGCGAUGGAGUGUGACCUUCACGGAGUUUCUGAGACACGUUGUCAACACGUUCGAAUCAGGAGGGGAAGUUAAUAAGCACUGGAUAACUUACGGUCUCAUCUGCUCGCCUUGCCUCUUUGAAUACGACUACAUAGCCAAGAUCGAGACGCACUCCCAAGACUUGGAAUAUAUGUUUAAGAAAUUUAGCAUCCCUUCGAACCCACAACAGUCUGUGAAAACCAGAGGAAGCGUCUUGGGGAAGGUUACAAAGGAUUUUAGGUACUACAAAACUCUUCCGCUGGAGCUGAAGGAGAAACUAUAUAAUAUCUAUCAAGUAGAUAUGAAGAUGUUUGGCUAUGACCUGCCUGAAGAUUUCUGGAAUACGCCUUGAUAUGUCGUUAUUUCGGUCAAAGAUUAGAUUGGCACUCACUGUAUACACUUUGUAAAGGGAAAAUUCAAAGAAAGAGAGGCGAUAUAACUACCUUAAUUUAUGUAAAGUCUGCUCUGAACUUUCUUUUGUUCAUUUUUUCAAGGGAACUGCAGUGGCCUUCGUGUUUUGGUCUGAAUAUCAAACAUACUCCGCAGAUAGUUAGGGAAAAAUGAAUGGAAGAUAAUAGAUAUUGAUUAUUGAUAGGGGUAAUUCGAGGCGGUCUACAGGGGGCAACUCUCUUCCCCUGAAAUAAAGCAUACCCCUUAA